AUGCUUACUUUAUGGUUAGAUGGUAAACAGUUUUCUGGACUUGUUGACACCGGAGCCAAUGUUACCAUUCUCAGAAAAGACAACUGGCCCCAAACUUGGCCCCUAACACCAACCCUUACCCACCUAACAGGCAUUGGUCAAAGCCAAAAUCCAGAAAGGAGCACUAAAGUAUUACAGUGGACAGACAGAGAAGGAAACCAAGGAACCAUACAACCCUUUAUUAUAGAAGGUCUCCCCAUAAACCUUUGGGGUAGAGAUUUGUUAUCACAAAUGAACCUCAUCAUGUUCAGCCCUUCUGAUAGAGUUACUGCACAAAUGUUAGCACAGGGUUAUACACCAGGAAAAGACAUAGGGAAAAAUGAAUCAGGUAUCAUCCAUCCUUUGAUACCAAAACCUAAAUUUAAUAGUACAGGACUGGGAAAUUUAUCCUAA